GUGUUCUUUAUCUAGAUUGAGUGUGUGACUUGUGUGAUACUAACCAUUGGCAUCAAGAGUUAGGAGAUAUUCACUGUGAAGAUAGAAAGUUAAGAGCUAGGAGGGAAAGACUCCAUUGGACCAGAGAACUUUCAUCUGAGCUUUAAAAGAGCCAAAUCCCAAGACAUCCCUGUUCAUUUCUUGACCAUGAAAAGUUCUGGAAUUUCUUUCAAACCAAAGUCUCCAGUUGGGAAAAACUCCAUUGGAACGAAGGAUUUUCGUCUGAGCUUUAAAAUGAGGGCCUUCAAUGAGUUGGAGGGCAUCCAAAGUUUUGUUGGGCCAACACCACUGAAUACUAAACAAACUAAACAGCCUAUCCCAACAACUAGCAGCGAAUGGGCACAAAAAGAAGAUAUGCAUCAACGAUUUCCCACUGUUUUGACAAAGAACACACCAAUUGGGAGAAAGGAUGGAAUUUUGAAGAAUUCUUUGGAUUCUGAAACGAGUAUUCAGCCUCUCAAAAGAGAAGAUUCUGAAGAAAACCUUGACCUUUUUGGGGCACGUAGCUUGCCUAUAAUGUUUGAUUUCUGGUUAUUCAAAACUGCCUGCUUCACAAUAAGCUUAGGAGAGAAAUAUUUGAUGAGGAAGAGCCAUCAUUUUCCAGCAGCCACACUUUCAAAUCUUCCUUACUAUUCGGAUGAGUUUGCUAGCUUGCCAGCUAUAAUUCCAGAAGGUCCAAUUGCUAUAUUUGGAUUGGGAGGGGGGACUACUGCCCAUUUGAUGCUUGCUUCAUGGCCCUCGUUGCAGCUUGAAGGUUGGGAGAUUGAUGGAAUCCUAAUUGAUAAAGCAAGAGACUUUUUCGGGCUAUCUGAUCUUGAGAAGCAUUCUGAUGAUGGUGGGAUACUUAACAUUCACAUCGGGGAUGCCCUUGAUCCAUCGGCCAGAAUCUCUGGGGGUUAUGCUGGAAUUGUUAUUGACUUGUUUUCUGAUGGAGAUAUUUUGCCUCAGUUGCAACAGGUUGGCAAGUGGUUGGAAUUGAAAGACAGACUGAUGGUUGGUGGUCGGCUCAUGAUUAACUGUGGAGGGAAUGUAGUCAAAGUCACUGACAAUGGUAUCUGUAGUGAAGUAUCCUCAACCGAUUCCUUCCUGCCACGCAAUUCGGUGAUUCAGGCUCUUUCCGAAGCAUUUCCUAAACAGUUGUGUUGGAAAAAACUGCCCAAAGAGAAGGGUGAGAAUUAUGUUGCUCUGACUGGACCAUUUCCAGAAUUGGAGUCCUGGUCCGCUGUUGUUCCGGAGCCUUUAAGAGCGAGUGUGAAGGAGUGGAGGCCCUAUGAGCGCCUCUGAUGAUCUACAACCCGCUCUUUGAUUUGAUGGACGAAAUUGGAGUGGAGGCCCUACUAGCUAAUGUUCUUAAUUGUUGAGUUACUGUUUCUUAUAUUAUGUUUGUAGAAGUGAUAAGAGCAAAAUCAUGGGGGAAGUCCAAAUCCUGACCCCUCCACUGGUCAAUGCUUUGCAUUGCAUGUGCUUAGAAUGCACAAUUCAAGGCCUCCGUUGCCUCAAUCCAUUGGGUUCAGACUCGAAGGGAUUCCCACGCAAUCACUUUCUGCUCCGGGUCAAAACGCCACGUACACCAUUAAUACUUAAUCACCCUUCCCUUCCUUAUAAAGAAAAAACACCUUUCUAGUUUGUCCUUUAGUGGCCGAAACCAAAAAGGAUAUAUAAAUAUUCACUUUUAUCAGGGUAACGUGGCAGAGACGGUGGUUAAUGGUUCUAAUUUUGUUUAAAUUGUGCAUGAAAUGUGCUGGUUUAGUGGACCUACCUUCUACUAUGACAGUGUAUGGAACUACUACCUUCAA